CUCUAUAAAUAUAGAUUUUGACCAGCACAGAAAAUGGAAGAAGGAAUUUAUGCAGGAACAGGUACACGAGUGGGGUCGAAGAAGAGACCGAGUGACCAGGAGAAGGGACUGGAAGCCAUGGAGGCAGAUUGGGGUGCAGAGAGUGGUGUCCAGGAAGGGAGGAAGAAGGGGCGGAAUGGGAGUUGAGGUGUGAAAGAGACUAGGGGGUAUGGUCAAACUUCUAAGGCGAGUAUUCCGACGAAGUAUCAGCAUGUGCUGUUUUUAAAAGAGAAAUUAAAGGGGUUUAACUCAAGUAGUGAUAAGCAUUCGUUUAAAUAAACUUUUGAAAAGGAGAUUUAAUAGAGAGCCUGGUCCUGCGACUUAUAAAAUUCGAUCCCCCAAAUCAAAAUUUAGCAGGAGAGGAUAUACUAAUGGGUUUGCCUCUCACAAUGAAAGGUAUCAGUCAGAAGAGCAAUCUCCUGGACCUGGAGAUUACGAGACUACUAAACCUAAAUAAAUCGAUAUGAAAAGUCAGUUACAAGAGUAGUUCUCCAAACAUAAAAGCUCUUGAAGGGAAGAAUCCGUUAAAUUAUGUUCUACCCCUCACUGUUAAUUUGUACUUUAAGAAGAAUAAUCCUGGACCUGGAGAAUACUCACCUAAGAAAGAAAUGGCAGAGCAGAUAAAGAAUGAGUAUAAAAGUGUCUUCAAUUCUAAAUCACAAAGAAGACUCUUCUCUCGUGAUGAUGACUAUAAUUUUCUAAAAUAUUCCUACAACCAUCAGACCAUACAAGAAGAUGCAAGAAAGAUGACAAAACUGAAAUAAGAGAGUUCAAGUCAGAAUACCUAAUAAAACAAUUGGAGAUACUUUAGAAGAAAUUAAAUAUCGGUAUGAAUGCUUGCUUAUAGCCUUUAGAACCAAGGGAGCUCUGAGCCAGGACUUUACCCAAAGUACAGAGGAUAUUAGAAACCCAUCGUACACUUCUUUAGAUGCACCAGCCUAUCAAGGAGAUAUCAGCCAUAAUCUGAAUAAAUAAAAGAGAUAUCUACACUUCAAACUUUGCUCUUCAGAACACAGAUAGAUUUGGUGCGCCAAUUUUCAAUAAACAGAGAGCCUUUAAGAUCCCUGGGCCUGGAAGAUACAAGUCAAAUAAAGCAUCCAAGAUUAAGGGCGGCAUUAUAGGAAGUCAGAAGAAGAAGAUGUUUAAUGAGAUCAUCAACAAAGUUCCAGGGCCUUGAUUUUACUCGGUCAAGAAAGACUCUAAGAAGGCAUCCUUCUUAUUUAACAGAGACCAAAAGUGGAUUUCUUAAAGCCUAGCAUUCAUUUUCUUCUUGAAUAUUAAGCUCUAAUAAACCUUCCUUUGAUAAGUUGUCAUUUAUUCAUGAAAUUC